CAUGUGGAUGUUGCAAACUGUCAACAUUGCCUUGCCAGCAUAUUUUUUUUAAGGCGGAGAAGCCUCAUUGCUCAACUAACCUUUUUUCGCUCGUCAACUUUGGAAACUACACCUCCUACACGAAUCAAGAUGAAAGUUGUCGGAUCUACCUGCGCCCUGAAGAGCAAGGUCGGCGGCGAGGACAUGGUGCGAUGCCUGUCCGACCAGAGCCUGACUAUCUCUAAGUGCAAGAUCCCGCUGCUGGACGAGCAAAUGUCAGCCUUUCUCCAUGACAUGAACAGCUGCUACAGCAAGCUGAAGGAGCUUGUGCCCACCCUGCCCACCAACAAGAAGGCCAGCAAAGUGGAGAUCCUGCAGCACGUCAUCGACUACAUAUGGGACCUACAGGUCGAGCUGGACGAGCCGGAGAAGAGCCGCCAGCUCUCCGCCAGCAGUGUUCCCCGCACGCCGCUGACCACCCUGAACGCCGAGCUCGCCAGCAUCGCAGUGGAGAAUGGAUGCUCAGAUGACAGGAUUAUGUGUCGCUAAGAGCUCGUGGAGCAUCGCACCAUCACCCCACAGAGCACCGCGUAGAACGAGCAAGGCUACCUGAUGUGAUUUCUCGAGCACGUCAAUAAAAACAACAACCUUGAACUGAGUAGGGACGUUUCAAACUCCCAAUACUAGAAAAAUAACGUUGUGUGGACAUCCUCCGGCAGCGAGGAUCUCGGUCACUCAAGGCUCUCGAUUCAUCAGAGGGCCCUGAGAGAAGAAGAAGAAGAAGAAGAAGAAGAAGAAGACCGGUGGUGUCCAGAUAUAGACUGGGUUAGCCGGGGGACCAAGACAAGUUCAGUGCAACUAGCAUCGCUUGUUGCUUGUAGAGUUUCUAAAGAAAGCUAAUGUUUCUGUUACGCUCUUUGUAUCUUGUGUAAAUCAUAUAGAGAAUCCAACAUUUUGUAAAAGAAAAAAAUACAUUUCUCAGAUUCCUGAGUGACAAACUGUAUUGUAUAUUACAAUGCCAAAUUAUGUGAAGAUAUUGUUUUCUUACAAUGUACCUUAUUGGUGUUUUUAUUAAAACAAGACCAUUAUUUUUGAACAAGAA